AAAGUAAUAGAAGAAGAAGCUGCGCACUAAGUAUGCGCCAACGGUAAGACGGAGGAUCUCGUUUUUAUUUUAGCACUUUUUUUCAUAUUAGCAACAAAAAAAAAAAGAGUGUAAAACUUUUUCAGUAAGUGUAAGCUGGUGUAUAAUUUAAUGAAUGGAGGAAGGAAAAUAGUUAAAGCCCGGAGACCCACUAAGUUCUGAUUCUUGAAUUCAUGACAUUUCGUGAUGGCAUCAGCAGAAGAUGAAGUGAACUUGCUGGUCAUCGUGGUGGACGUGAAUCCGAUCUGGUGGGGCCAGCAAGCUCAGCGUGAACCAGAGUUCACUCUGUCCAAGUGCCUGGAUGGAGUCAUGGUGAUGGGAAACUCCCACAUGGCUUUGACCAGAACAAACAAACUGGCUGUUAUUGCCAGCCACUGCCAAGACAGUCACUUCCUGUAUCCCAGUAAGAGUUUGGGAGGAGGGGGCGGAGCUGCAGAGGACACAUCCUCCAGCAGAGACGGGAAGUACGAGCUCCUGGCCGUAGCCAACAGUGCCAUUGCUGAAGAGAUCCGAAAUGUCCUGUCAAAAACUGAAGUGAGGGGCAAUUCCACGGAUACUCUGUUGGCCGGAUCUCUUGCCAAAGCUCUCUGCUAUAUUUACAGGGUCUCAAAAGAACUUGACGUUGGACAGGAGAUUAAAUCAAGAAUACUGGUGAUCAAAGCAGCUGAGGACUGCGCUCUUCAAUACAUGAACUUCAUGAAUGUCAUUUUUGCUGCACAAAAGCAGAACAUCCUGAUAGAUGCCUGUGUUUUGGACUCAGACUCAGGGCUUCUUCAGCAGGCUUGUGAUAUAACUGGAGGCCUGUACUUGAAGAUACCUCAAAAAUUAGCUUUGACUCAGUAUCUUUUGUGGGUGUUCCUCCCAGACUCAGAGCAGCGUUCCCAGCUAGUAUUGCCACCCCCUGCGCAUGUAGAUUACAGAGCAGCGUGCUUCUGCCACCGUAAUCUCAUCGAAAUUGGUUAUGUAUGCUCUGUUUGUCUUUCAAUAUUUUGUAACUUCAGCCCGAUCUGCACAACAUGCGAGACUGCCUUUAAAAUCCAACUGCCACAGAUGGUCAAACCUAAAAAGAAGAAACUCAAGAUGCCUGCAUGAUUGCCCCUCCAAUGUUAUUCAGACCACUUCUUUGUCGUCACUUAAAAAAACUUUUGUAGUUUUAGAUUUGUUGAAAUUUUAAACGGGCUGGAAAAUGCAAACAUGUCAAGACAGACUUUUCACCUGUCAUUCAUACCAAUGUCACAGACGACUUAGGAACAUGCUAAGUUAAAUAUUUUUCAGCCCAUAUCUUAGUUGUUACUUGUAAAUUGAAAAAACUGUACUUUUUGAUUCAAUAAAUAAAAUCUAUAAUUUUAUUUGAAUUAAAA